CACUGACUGAACUGCCGUGAAGAAAACUAAAGAUGAACACGAGCAGAGCAGCAUGUGCAGCGAGCCGAAUACCGAGCGCACACGCCCACUGCUGGAGCAGUUCUCGAGUCAAGAACCGGUUGUAUCACCGGUACACUUAUUUAACCCAAAACAGUUUCUCUCCGAGCAAACGUAUUACAUGAUCCAUAUUUUUUAUUUUUAUUUUAUUUUUACAAGCGGGAAGCAAUCACGGGCUGCCUUUUCCCAACAUGCAAAUUGGAUAUGAUAACAAAAUCAACAUCCUCGUUUCUAUUUUCGCUCGACUGCAAAACAAAAAAUUAGUUUAAAUAAACAUGAUCGGUAUCAACCGAAUGUCAGAUGCAAAUUCGAACGGUUUGUCCAUUGGCAGCGACUUUGGGCGUUUGAAAGAAAUGGCAUGCACAGGGAUAACGUUGCCGUUGAUCCUGUAAUGAGAUGUAACUCAAUGCCACUGCAGCUCAACGAGUUAUGACGGAGGCGGCGCAUAGGACGGUCGGAUCAUUUCCAACUGACGAAGAUUAUAUUAAAGUGUCCCAGUAGACCGGGGCUGCCUUCCUGCCUCAAUCGGCCAUGCGUCCUCCCAACUGGUGUGAACGAAUGAAUAAACGAGGCAUCGCGGAGCGCUGUUAGUCAGGGCGGAUGUUCCUCAUACACAACGAUAGCGAGACGGAUAGUAUGUCGCCGAGCUGUCAUGUUCUGAUAAUUGUCCUGUUUCUGUUUCGGUCCGGACCUCCACGGGGGGAUGAGCAAUUGCUAUGUGGUCAUUGAAGGAGGCGGGUAUCUCACAGACAUCCGGAAUCCAUCGCGGAAUCCCACAGCUGUACCGCGGCGCGCUGGCGAGUCAAAGCGGCCCGCUUUAGGAGCUCCUACCGCGCGUCGUUAUGCCAUUCCUAACGCUGUUUAUGGAGGAUUACUGUACGAGACAGUCGUGCGUCAUUUCGUGCCUUGAUUGAUACACGUUUUCCUAUAAUAUGGCCGAUCAGAGCAACAUUCAAUCCGCCGCCUCCAAAAGCAUCAGGCCGUUCAAGUCCAGCGAGGAAUACCUGUAUGCCAUGAAGGAGGAUCUGGCUGAAUGGCUGAACACGCUGUACGACCUGGACAUCACGGCGGACACUUUUAUGGAGGGUCUGGAGACCGGCUGCGCGCUCUGCCGGCAUGCCAACAACGUGAAUCGCGCCGCCCACGACUUCAAGACGAAGUAUCCAGAUGCGGCGCUUUUGUUGCGGAUACCCAGCAAGGACGUGGUCUUCCAGUCGAGGAACGUCAUACCGGGAUCGUUUUUGGCCAGAGAUAACGUAUCGAACUUCAUCGGCUGGUGCAGGCAGGAGCUCUGGAUCAAAGAUGUGCUCAUGUUCGAGACCAACGACCUGGUGGAGAGGUGUAACGAGAAGAACUUCGUGCUGUGCCUGCUGGAGGUGGCUCGCCGGGGGGCCAAAUUUGGCAUGCUGGCCCCCAUGUUGAUUCAACUCGAGGAGGAGAUCGAGGAGGAGAUACGGGACCAGGAGAACCUGUCGGAGGCUCUGGGGGAGUCGCAGAACCCGCCGAGCAGGACGUACAGCCGCAAGGAGAGCAUCGGCGAGCCCGAUCCAGAGCUGCUGGCCCGCUGGCACCAGCAGCAGAAGAGAGUCCUGCUGGAUAUGCGCAACCUGGACGAGCUGGUUCGGGAGAUUCUGGGCCAUUGCUCGUGUCCAUCACAGUUCCCCAUGACCAAAGUCUCAGAAGGGAAGUACAAAGUCGGAGACUCCAGCGCACUCAUCUUCAUCAGGGUGUUACGGACUCAUGUGAUGGUGCGAGUGGGUGGAGGUUGGGACACACUUGAGCAUUACCUCGACAAACAUGAUCCAUGUCGCUGCGCCGCUUUCGGUCACCGGUAUCAGCAGGCCAAAGUGAGUGGCCAGGGUCCUCACAGUAAGAGCUCCAGCGCUCACUCGUCCCGCUCCACAAGCCCAGGACCUCACUGGCGCAAUGAGAGCAUGGCACCCUACAAAACCCCUGAUAGGCGCUCUUUGGAGCCUGUGUUGGGCUCCACAGCACAUUCCUCUCCAUCACGGCCUGGCAGGUCGCACCAUGCAGCUGUACCUGUAGAGAUGGAGACCAACACAGGGCGACCCACGACACUGCUGCCUCGACUGCCACGGGACAGAUCAGAACCACGCCACUUGAAUCCUCUCAGGAAUAAGGAAUCACUUCUUCGGACUCGUAGGCUAUCAGGAGAUAGUGACUCUUCUACAGCCUCGUCUAAAGGUGGAGGAGGAAGCCCAGCAGGAGGUCGCAUCUCUCUGGGUACACGGCAUGCUCAUAGAGACGACGUGGUUCUACUGGUGAACCGUAAGGAAGGGAAACACAUUAUCGAGCGUCCUGGAGCGAGAGCACAGAGUCCAGCCCUGAAAACCCCUCAGACCCGUGCCCGUAGUGCUUCCAGAGAGCGCCCUGCACCACAGUCCACCUCAGUUUUGAAACCUACUCUACCACAGGUCCCAACAGAGGUACAUCGAACUCCUUGCACAGAGAGAGGCAGAUCACUGGGACCCGAAGGUCCUAGGAAGCUGCUGGCUCCACGCUCUCUCAGCCAUGGCAAGACUCCUAGAGGCCGGUUGGGUGACGCCAGCCCUGGAUCAUUCCCUCGCCGCAGAGACCCUCAUUCUCUUUCAGUAGAUCGGAGAGAGGAACUAAGACCCAGGCACAUGCCCGCAGCAUCCUCAAAAACAAAUGGAAGUUUGCCCAGAAGUCAAGCAUCUUCCUCUGCCUCUAACUCACCAGUGAAAAGCUGUGCCAGCAGUAGUCCUGCGAAAAAGGGGAUGGUAGCGCCACACCCCCCUGCGCCUUUGUCGCCUUCCACUGGCAGUCGAAAGCUGCUUCCUCCUGUCACACAACCAGGGCGCCGCUCUCCGCAUUCUUCCUCACGAUCAAGUCAUCACCACCCACCACGUUCCCCUCGAUCUGCACACAAUUCUCGUCCCACAGUGAGAGACCAAAACGGUUUGGCAAAUCCCUACAACCAGCAACAGGAGAGCCAGGAAGACAGUGGUAUUUUUAGUUUACACCUGCUGCCAAGUCUGGACCCUCAAAAGGAGCAAGACCUAUAUCGUAGCUUUGAAGCGGAGUUUCUGGCCAACACGCAACAAACCAAAUCUGUGCAGGGUAAAGCAUUCACUGGAAGUGAAAUGAGGUCGCUACAGCCCCCUGGCUCCCAACAAGGUUCAAGGGUGCUCCCAACCUCUUCGGGUGACACCAAUGUUACAGACUCGGCUUACUCUUCUUCUAACUCAUCAACAUCUUCUCUUAAUCUCAGGGGUAAGGGGGGAAUCCUGCCGGAUUUGCGAGAGUCUAAAUGGACUAAUCCUCGCACCUGUGCACUUGAGGACCCUCCUGCACUGCUCCACAGCCAGAUUCGUGGAAGUCUCCCCAAUGGAGGGCUUUUGGAGGGAGAGCGAUGGGGAGGUAAAGGAGGAGGUCUUCGUAAGCUCCCUGCCAUCUCCAGCUCCACAGAGGAAGGAGAGGCCUCAAAUCCCAAAAACAUCAACGGGAGCCAACAGGAGGUGCUGAUGGAGAGCCAGCAGGACCUGGUGGAAUGGGCUGGGGUGGAGAGAGACCUGCAACAAAUUACCGAACAUCACCCGGAUCUGCUAUAUGACAAUGCUGAACUGCCACUUCCUGAGACAUUUCCCUCCCCUCCUCCACCUCUAGAUGACUGUUCUUACCAGGACUCUUCCAGUGAGAGCUCCUCCAUGUGCUUGAGUCUGAGUGAGCCUCCAUCUGAAGGGUCCUGCACUCCUCCUCUAUCGCUGGCCAAUGGGGAUAUGGAUGACACAGUCGCCCUCCGUGCCAAGAAAGGUCAGAAGGUACCCUCCAUCUCCAAGCACAAGUUGCAGUCACGGAUAAGACCCCGCACUGACAACAGACCUGAGAACAGUCCGUCGCGCAUCCCUACACCUGUACGAUACAGAAAUCAUUGUCAGCAGUCUCCUAUCGAUUCGUCUCCCCUCCAGACCCCACCUCAGUCCCCACAUUUAAACAAUCACCAACCCUCACACAAAGCUCUGCAUCAGGCCUUUGCUCUGGGGUCUAGAGAGUGUGCCUAUUCUUCAGAGUCCAGCCUAGACAAUGAGGCCUGGAUGUAGUAAAUGAUAAUGUACACAGGCAACUGACUUGGCCUGUAUUCAUUCGCUCAGCCUACACAGCUUUAUAGUCAGAUUAGGGAAAGGAGUGGUGAAAAAAAAAGGACAUUUGUAAGACGUGUACAACAUGUAGCAGGAGGCUGGAAUCCUUACUGUCAUUUCACUGGAGACAUAAAUGUGUCCUAAAGAGGCUAAGAGCAUAAAGCACCAUUCUUGACAUCUUGGAACAACAUGGCCUGUUGUGAAUUAAAUCUUAGAGCUACUGUACAUGCACCAUCUGAGCGGUUUAAUUUUGUUUGAGUCAUCUUUUUUCUGUUAAAAGUAAAUUACUGCAUUUCCCUUCAGAGAUUUAUAGGUUGUAAUGCUCUUUAUUAAUAUCCACAUGACCUGUUUUUGAAUUUAUUCCAUGAGGACAAAUUUUAGCUGGUUUAGUAAAGUAUUAAUUUGUUAAGGCUGGAACGGAGUGUCAAAGUCUUAUUUUAUUCAGGGAAUUGUAAUUUACAGAGUAUACUGUGUACUGGAGAAUAAGAGCGGUAGAAUCAGUAAAGCGAAAAAGAUGCUUGACUUAUUUUGGUGUCAUUUUAUGUACAAGACAAACGCCUAAAUGACGUUUUGACCAUACUUGUGAAAUCCAAAUGAUCGAAAUUGGAAAUGCAAUUAAGUGACUGUACUGUUGUUUUAGCCCAGAAUAAAUAGGACAGCAUAUCAAUCUGUUCAAGGAAUCUUCUCAGAAACAUUUAUGAGAAGACAUAAUUCACACAUCAUCUGCUUAAUAUCACAUUGGCAGAGAUACAAAUGUUGUAUUUGUUUAUUGUUUUCUGGUUAAUGUAUAGGUUUAUAUGUAAAAUAUGUCGAUUUUCUUAAAUGUGCGGCAGUGUAAUGUAAAUAUCAUUCUUAUUAAUUGACUUUAAUAUGAAUGUACAAAAGGUAUGCUGUUUAUUUCAGUAUGGUAAUUCUGCCUUAGCUAUGCAAUGUUGCUAUUGAAUGUUGCCUUGACAAAUUUUCUUGCCUUAAAGUAUGGAAGUCGUGUUUGUCAAGUAGAGAUGAAGAGAUUGUGUGUGUGUGUGUGUGUGUGUGUGUGUGUGUGUGAGGUAGGGAAUGUUUGAUAUACUUGAUGGAUCCUGUGUUUUGUCAACUCUGAGACAAUCGCACAUUUUUAAGGUCACGGUAACGACAAGAUCCUGCUUUAUCAGCAUUCCUCUGUUUAAAGUAAAUUGCUUGAUUUUAUCUAUAAGUGAGAAAUGAAGGACAUAAGAUAGUGCCAUAUUAAACACCAAUAGGGUGUUUUUUCAAAAUAUGGAAAUCACUACAUUCUAUGUAUAGAUAUGGAAAUCAUUCAGGAAAUCAGGCCUGUUUAUUGUGAAAGCCAUAUUGAUUCCAAAAAUGUUUAUAAAGUAGUCAUAUUCUCCACUGUCGUCGUCAUCGUCAUCAACACCGUAGACGUUACAUUUCUUUUAAAGUUUUAUUAUGGCGCCACCAAGUGGUUGAAUAUGAUUAUGAAUUGUUUUUGUUUUUAUUUUAGUUUUAGUUUUUUUCCAGACACAUCUUAUUGACCAUUGCAUAAAAUAUGGGAAAAUGUUGACUCUACUUAAAUGAAUGACACUACACAUUGGUUUGGCAUUUGAUUGAUUAUUUAUAUUAAAUGAGUAAGCCAUUAGGCCUUGGUAAUUACUUGUGGAUGAACUGUUUUAUCAUAAAGGGAUAAUGUUGUAUGUUUCUGAAUGAAUGGAUGAAAUGUUUACUUUUGGUAUGUUCUCUUUUGGAGGCUUUAUACAGAACUGUCAUCUAUGAACUCAAUUGUUUUAUUGAGAGAUAUUUUAGUGAAUCAAAAAAAGAGUCAGAAAAAGUGAGGGAGACUUUAUGGAAAUAGAUUUCAUUGUUCUUUUUUUGCCUCAAGGACUGCAACCAUAGGAUUAUUACUGUUAGCAUGGCAAUCGACACUCCACAGCACCUCUUGUAUAAAAACUGCAAUACAAUGGAUCACUACUCAUUGCUUCUAUGUUCAUUGCCAUUUAAACAUCUGUUGUGAACCUUUAGGACAUUGUUAAAUUUCUUGCAUAUGUACAAAAAAGGACAAAGUAAAGCUUUCUGCGGUCGUUCAAACUAAUGAAUGAAUGGUUGCUGUGCCUAAUUCUCAAUUUAGUCAAACACAUGUUCACACACUACACAUUCACUUAUCAUUACAGUAUCUAUUGAACUGCCAUACAUUUGUACAGUUAACUCAUUUUGAGCUCAAGUCAUAUUUAUUCUGUCCUGCUUUCAAAAAAAAGAAAAUGUUUCUUUUCUCAUUACGCAUUUCUAAUCACAUUUAUACAUUUUAAAAAAUUAUUUAUUGCAUGGAUGGGUUAUGUUUUUUAUUGAUUAUUGACAUCAGAACUACAAGCAUGUAGAUUCACAUGUUUUAUUUACUUGAGCAAACCCAUCUGAUUUGCAUUAUGCAAAUAUGAUUUUCAGAUGUGAUCUACAAAAUGCAUGUUGAAUCUAUGUCAUGCUCUGGUUUCAGUAAAUGAAAAAGCUGUUGGAAGAUUUGAAAUCUGAAUGUGUAUUAAUUAACUUUAAAUGUCUGCAGUUUGUUUGGCGGAUUGUUUUUUCUUUAACGUUGACAGUGAAAUGUAAGGUCUUGACAUUGUGGAAUUGUCUUUGUUGAAUAGCAAUAUCGCAAGACCAACAUUCCACUGUUCCUUGAAAACCAAUUGCUGUUAAUUUAAUUAUUGUAAUAAAAGAUGUUUUGGAUGAAA